ACAAGAUGACUUAAGAGUGACAAAUCCUUUCAACCUCAUUUAUAUUUCGUACGCAGACCAUUGCCCUAAUGCAGUCACUGGGCUUUCUCACUUGGCCACUUCCGUUACAAGUCUCAAGUCUGAAGGGGGAUUAAGCCAUUAAGGGACAGAUGAAACAUCUCAAUCCACAAUUCAAGUAUUUGAGGAGCUGGAAGAACCUUCUCCUCUCCCUCGAUCUCUUCCCUACACAUACACACCCUCUCCACUCUAGUGGAUUGGGGUUUCCUUCCCAUCCCAGAGAGAGAGAGAGAGAGAAUGGGCUACCCAUCUCUCCCAUCAACCACUGUUCUACUGCUCAUCAUCAGCUUCUUCAUCUUCUACCUGUCUUUCUUCCACGUUGCCAGAAAUCCUUCACUCACCAUGAUCGCCAGAGAAACACUGGAAAUCAAAAAAGCAAGCACCACCAAUCAUCCUUCCCGUCUCCUCCUUCCAGAGCUUGAAGGCUCUCCUCUCCCAAAUCCCACCCCCCGCCCAGCACUACCGCCACCCGGCCCAUCGCUGCCACCUGCACCGCAGCUGCCACCAUUUCCUUCACCAUACAUGCCUUCAGCAUCACCAUCCCCAAUGGCACCAUCUUCAGGACCAACAGUAGGCCCAUCGCUGCCACCUGCACCGCAGCUGCCACCAUCUCCUUCACCAUCCAUGCCUUCGCCUGCGCCAUCGCCAUCGCCAUCCCCAAUGGUACCAUGUCCAGAACCAACAAUGCCACCUGCCCCUGCAUCAACACUAGCACCUUCACACAGUGAUGCCCAAAAAAAAGAGCUCAAGAAGGCUUACAAAGCAGUCCAAAAAUUCAAGACAACUAUAAACUAUGACCCUCUAGGCAUCACGAAAAAUUGGACAGGCAAAGAUGUCUGCAGUUACCGAGGCUUCCACUGCGACUCCGCCCCCGUGAUCAACCGGCAAGUUGUCUCCGGUGUCCGCUUCAACGGCUUCAACUUCAAUGGAAACCUCACCGUCGGUAGCUUGAUCGAUGAACUUAAGUACCUCGUCUUCUUCCAUGCAAACUCCAAUAACAUCACCAGUGCUGUUUCUUCCUCAAUUUCCAAACUCCAAUAUUUUUACGAGCUCGACUUGAGCAACAACAACCUCACCGGGAAGUUUCCAGCCAAUGUUCUCCACGCUACCAAGCUAACUUUCUUGGAUCUGCGUUUCAAUUCGCUUAUAGGACGACUACCCCACCAAGUAUUCAAUCUAGACCUCGAUGUCCUCUUCCUCAACAACAACGAGUUCAUUGAAAAUCUCCCAAAAAACCUUGGCAGCACUCCAGCACUGUAUCUCACCUUAGCCAACAAUUACUUCACCGGUCCAAUCCCGCCGAGCAUUAGCAACGCUUCCAACACACUUAUUGAGGUGCUCUUCUUAAAUAACAGACUAUCCGGGUGUCUUCCAUAUCAGAUAGGGCACUUGAAGAAGACAACAGUCUUCGACGCCAGCAUCAACCAAUUGAAGGGACCGUUGCCUCUUUCUUUUGCAUGCCUGAGGAAGAUGGAACAGCUGAACUUGUCGCAUAACUGCCUUUCUGGGACGGUGCCAGAGAUGGUGUGCAAGCUUCCGCACCUGUAUAAGUUGUCCUUGGAGUACAACUACUUCACGCAUGUGGGCUCAGAAUGCAUCAAGCUGGUAGAGACGAAGGUUCUUAAUGUAAGCAUGAACUGCAUUUUGGGGCUGCCGUCACAGAGAUCCGCACAGGAAUGUGCUGCCUUCUUUGCCACACACAAAGCAUGCCCAGAUGAAAGAUCCUAUGAUCACAUACAAUGCCGAACUGAUCAUUUGGUUUCACCAGAAAAAAGAAGUCAGAUAUUGGCGCCAGCUCCUUCAACUUCUUAUGCUGCUCUGGAGAGGCCUGGCUCUUGACGUGCCAACCGUGAUAGAUCGACUACAUGAUCUUCAGGCAAUAAGUUGCCCCCAGACCAUUAAUGUAAGUCAUUGUUCCAUGCACUCUCUCUCUCUCUCUCUCUCUCUCUCUCUCUCUCCUUCUCCUGGCAGCUUUUUAGUAUUGUUAUUUGGAGUUUCAGUGGAUCUAGCAAGAAACAUGUAUAAUUAAAGUAGAGGUUUCAAGCAAGCAGUUUGUUUAUUUAUAAUGAAUAAGAACGACGCUCUACAUAUUCUAGGGGUUCAGCGUCGAAAUCCCCUGAA